AGACAGCAAUGAAACAGGAAUUAGAGUUGGAAAAGCUGAACGUUUCAUGUUAGAAAACUUGAAUGAAGUCUGCGAUAACUGGAAUAAAAAGGUAAAUGAAUUUAGAAUGUUAAUGAAAGAAGCAGAACAAUCAGAAAAGUUUAAUGAAACCCACCUGAAAACUUGUGACCAACGACAAGAUGACACAAAAAGGAAAGCCAUCAUAAAGAU